UAACAGAGAGGCACAGCACAGCCUUUUUCUAUACUUAGGGUUUUUUGUUUUGUAUUUUAAACCCUUCCUUUUUUUUGAAAAAAAAAAUAAGAUUUUUUUUUGGGUUUUCAAAAAUCAGGAUUUGUGGUUACCGAUUUGGAGAUUUCUCAGGUGUCUUUCUCUAUCCCCCCUCCAUUUCUCUCUCUAUCUCCCUGCUGAUGGAUAUUGAACCAGGGAUGUUUUGAUUUGGGAAAAAUUGUGGAGAGAGAAAGAGGGAGUUUUUGGAGAGAGGGAGGUGCAAACGGCUAGAAUUCCACUGCCCAUUUCUGUCGAAAUUAGAAGCUGAUCUGUGUUUUGUUUGGAGCUGGAUUUGCAAAACAUAAAAAGAGGAGAGGACGAGGAAGUGUCGACGGUAGAAAAAUUCUGUGACAAAAUGUUCAUGUUGGGGAGUGAAGGAGAUCACUAUUGUUCCAAGAAGACGGAUGAUAUCUGUGGAGAUGUUUGUGGUCAGGAAUCUAGCAGAGCUUUAAGCAUGUCGAGACUCCGCUGCAUCCUACGAGGCUUGGAUUUUAAAACCUACAUCUUUCUAUUUGUCCUUGUCCCCACAUGCUUCUUUGGUAUCUACGUGCAUGGGCAGAAGAUAUCCUACUUCCUGCGGCCACUAUGGGAAUCACCACCAAAACCCUUCCAUGAUAUCACACAUUAUUAUCAGGAGAAUGUGACAAUGGAGAACCUCUGCAAACUUCAUGGUUGGGGGAUCCGGGAAUACCCAAGGCGUGUUUUUGAUGCGGUGCUGUUUAGUAAUGAACUGGAUAUUCUUACCCUGCGAUGGAAAGAAUUAUAUCCUUACAUCACUGAAUUUGUUCUCCUGGAGUCAAAUUCAACAUUCACUGGACUCCCAAAACCUCUUGUGUUUGCCAGUAAUCGAGAUAAGUUCAAAUUUGUUGAGCCCCGGUUAACCUAUGGGACUAUUGGGGGAAGAUUUAGGAGAGGGGAAAACCCUUUUGUUGAGGAAGCAUAUCAACGAGUAGCAUUGGAUCAACUUCUGAAAAUAGCCGGUAUUACAGAUGAUGACUUGUUGAUUAUGUCAGAUGUUGAUGAGAUACCAAGCAAACACACUAUCAAUCUCUUGAGGUGGUGUGAUGACAUUCCGCCAAUCCUACAUCUUCGGCUGAAGAACUACCUAUAUUCUUUUGAGUUUUUCGUGGACAACAACAGCUGGAGGGCAUCAGUUCACAGGUAUCAGACUGGUAAGACUAGGUAUGCACAUUACCGCCAGACAGAUGACAUAUUGGCAGAUGCAGGAUGGCAUUGUAGCUUUUGUUUUCGCCAUAUCAGUGAAUUCAUAUUCAAGAUGAAAGCUUAUAGCCAUUUUGAUCGAGUGAGGUUCUCCCAUUAUUUGAAUCCUGAAAGAGUUCAGAAAGUAAUCUGCAAGGGGGCUGACCUAUUUGACAUGCUUCCUGAGGAGUAUACUUUCAAGGAGAUCAUUGGGAAAUUGGGACCAAUUCCUCAUUCAUACUCAGCUGUUCAUCUUCCAUCAUAUCUUCUGGAGAAUGCUAAGAAGUAUAAAUUUCUCUUGCCUGGGAACUGCUUUAGAGAAAGAGAAAGUGGCUAAUUCUCUCGGACUAGUUUUGACGUCGGGUUUUGUGAAGGUUGGAGGUGCAGCUUGUGUGACUCCUCAUGAAGGGUUCUACUGAACAAUUGAUGACUGCGGUGUGUCACUGAGACAACUGUGCCUUAUGUCCAACAAAAUUUAUAUCAUUCUUUGGGAAAUGUUUGGAGAAUUGGAUGAAUUCUGAGAUUUCCUGGGUGAAAUUAUGUAAAUAACUUUUCUGGAUUAGGUUUCAUUCAAGGUGGAGUAUAUCCAUUCGCAGAGCAGGGAGCUUCCUGUGAUUAGAAUAGCUAAGUUGUGGGUCUGUGGCAGGGUGCUUGUGUAUUACUUAGCCAUGGUGUGGCAUGCUCCCCUAAAGUACAUACCAAAAGAGAUUGACAUUUCCUGGGCUUUUUCCCUUGGGAAGUUUUGUUUUGAGACUAAUUUAUCCAUAUAUGUUGCAAUUCAACUCCUUGAUUUGUACCAUUUCAUUGCUUUUGGACCUCUUAUUGAUUAUAAUGUUGAAUCUAUUGUUACUUG